AUGAAUAGACAGCGCCUGUCAUUUAAUCCAGGUUCAUCCCGACCGCAACGGCCGUGGGGGCUGGCUGUUUGGGCUACAGGGGCCAUCUUGCUGGGGCUACUCGGGCUCGGGCUCGGGCUCCGCCGUGGAAUCCCUUGGAGACGUUCCUCCACCGUCAAGAUCACACAUCCACGGGCGACCUUUGCCCAUAAAACAACACUUGAGAUUCAUUCUCCUUACGGUCGAUUCCCCGAAAAAGAAGAUUCAUUCCAUUUUAUCCCCUGUACGAACUCGACUUUUCCACCAACCCUCGAAGAUGACCACCCUCAGAAGUCUUGGGCAGCGUUAUUCGACCACAAUCCUGACCACUGGGAUUGGGGUAAAUCUACAUCGAACAACACAAUCAAAGAGGAUCCCUACGCGGGUCGUGGUAUAUACUUGUGUGGAUAUUUGGAUGUGCCCCUUGACUAUGUGAACAACUCGGACACGCGAAUUGUUCGCCUUGCCAUUACCAAGUUUCAAGUCAGGGGCUUGGCUCGCCUCGAUUCUUCAAGAACUCGAUCCGCCUCAUCCAAUAUUGGCCGCAAAACUGAACGCACUAUAAUUAUCCAGCCUGGUGGCCCAGGAAAUAGUGGAACUCUUGUUGCCCGGAGAGACGCUGAGGAGUUCACAAAUCGUUUUAGUGAUGGGGAGUUGGAUGUUCUAGGAUGGGAUCCGCGUGGUGUGAACAUCUCGCAGCCUAGUCUGUCAUGCUUUCCCCAUGAUGCAAUUCGGGACCGAUGGACACUGCUCACAAACCAGUACCGUGAAGAAUCUUCUCCAGUGAGACAAUUGGAGAUUUCCGAUGCUAUGAACAAUGCGACAUUCUAUGCUUUCUGGAAGAGGUUCGGCGAUUUUGGUCGAUUUAUUGGCACGGCAUCUGUUGUGCGUGAUCUUGAAGAGAUUCGAAAAAGACUCGGCGAGGAUGAGGUGACUGGGUAUUUUGUCAGUUAUGGCACAGCCAUUGCUCAAACGUAUGCGAAUAUGUUUCCCGAAAAUGUUGGUCGCAUGAUUCUCGAUGGAAAUAUAUAUGUGAAAGACUUUCGUGUGCUAGGUGGCGCCGGUUGGACCUUGCUUGAAAAUGAUACGGAUGUCUGGCGAGAUGGCUUUUUGGGAGAAUGCAUCAACGCCGGUCCUCAGUGGUGUGCUUUGGCAAAAACGACUAAUGAUGAAAGCCCUGUGACGCUUGAAUGGCUAGAGGCGCGCCUAGCGAAAGCCUUCAACUCACUAAUCGACCGACCACUCCCUGCCUAUACUGACAAAAGUGGUCCAUCCAUCAUCACAUACAGCCAACUGGUAGAUAGACUUCGUCAGUUCAUGUAUGACCCCAAAAACUGGCCAGAUGCUGCUCAGAUGCUCUAUGAGCUUGAGAAAGGGAAUACUACUCUCGUAGCUACAUAUCUCGACUCCCAGUGGGGAUAUAAACCUUGGAUACCAUCAUAUAUUGGUCACCCGCUAUCUGACAAAUCCAUGUAUCUCAUCAUUUGUGCUGAUAUCGUUGACGCGACUCCUCCAGAUGACGGGCUUAGCUGGUGGAAUCAACUGUGGCUGAGCAUGACACGCAAAAGCUGGCUUUCUGGAAACAUGGCUUUUUAUUGGGUUCUCCCUUGUCAACAUUACGCAAAGUAUUGGUCUACAUCUUCAGAGGUGUAUCUGGGCGAUCUCAAUCACACUUUCAGAACACCUGUCCUACUUAUGUCCACAACCUAUGAUCCUGCCACACCUCUUCGGAAUGGGCGGAGACUACUCCAUGACAUGGGCCAUAAUGCGCGUUUGGUUGUGCACCACGGAUAUGGACACACCACAAUAAAUGAUCGAUCAAAAUGCACAGACCGAAUUGGAAAAGCAUACAUCCUAAAUGGUUCCCUUCCCAGUGAGCAGGAAACUGACUGUUUUGCUAAUCGAAAACCAUACAUUGGGCGCUCUACUAAUGUGAGUAGUCAUCGUAAGUUUGAAUGA